AUGUACGUGUUAGACAAAACAACUUUGCCGGAGGCAGAGAGGCAUGUGAUGGAGAAGAAAACAAUACUGAUACUUGGGGAGGAGCAGGUGGAAUACAAGGCCACUAGGACUACUAUAAAGAAUUACGGAAUCAAACUCAUCCUUGUCGAUACCAAGCCCAAUCCAUACUCAGCGGACGAUAUAUACAGAUACAUACAGUUUGAUUUUUCUGAUCACCGACAGGACGAAACUCAUGCCGAACAAAUAAUUCAAACAUUAGCAACUGAAAAUCUAUCCAUAGAUGGAUGCUGCACGUUCACUGAUGCAUGUGGACCGCUAACAGCUUCUUUGUGUGAAAAGCUUUUACUGUCAGGAGGCGCUGGAAUAGCCGGAGCAAGGAGAGUCCGGAACAAAAGUUUAACUCAUAAACACUUACGGAAACAAGUCAAUGGCGUUUAUUUACACCCAAGAUCGCAUAAAUACGCGGGUAGGUCAGUUAAGAUAAAUUGCGAGGAAACUUUGAAAUCGGCAAUCAAAUCACUUGGAUUGCCUGUCAUAUAUAAACCUGAGAAUGGACAAAAUGCAAACGGCGUCAUGCUGAUCCGGAACAUUGAAGAAUGUGGUCACCUCUCCAAAAAACUAAACACUCUGCUUAAAAUUUGAAAUUCAAUGGUGAUGAUGGAAUUUUUCGAUGGCACUGAACACGACAUCGAGGUGAUCAUUUAUCAAGGUGAGGUCCUUGCCGCUUUUGUAUCAUAUAAUGGACCCACAGGACCAGAGUCAUUUUCAGAAACGUCCAUGUCCUUGCCUUCAUGUCUGCCUCUAAACAAAAGAGCACCUCUCACGGAAGCUGCUUCAGCCUGCUGCAUUGACGUCGGGCUACGCAACGGCGUUUUUAACGUUGAAAUGAAGAUGACGUCAUCAGGCCCAAAGCUGCUUAAGAUCAAUGGAUCAACUUAA